AUGUUUAGAUGUGAAGAGAUCGAGAGUGGAAAACUUGCCAAAGAGUGGCAGGCAUGGAAAAAUUCACUGAAAUAUUUUUUUGAAGCCAGCCAAGUGUCUAACCAAAAGAUCAUGCGGUCGAAGAUGCUGCACUUGGGAGGACCGCAGCUACAGAAAGUAUUCAGCUCUCUCGAAGGAACCGAUGAUUUUCCUUCGGUGGUUCUGGAAAAGCGCUGGUACGACCUGGCGAUAGAACGUUUGGACGCAUACUUCAAACCGCGCCGACAGGAUGUUUUGGAGAGGCACAGACUUCGAUGUAUGAAACAGGGACCUAACGAACGUUUCUCCCAUUAUGUUCUACGAUUGCGCCAGCAGCCAAGGGAUUGUGGCCUGGAAAAAUCCACAGCAGAGGUGAGAGCUAUAAUGGAGGAGAUCAUGUUGGUCGACGUGAUUGUCGAAGGCUGUACUUCGCAAAAAUUAAGGCGUAAAAUUUUGGAGAAGGAUCAAUCUCUUAGCGAUAUCGAGGCACUCGGAGAAUCUCUAAAAAGUUUUCGAAUCCAGGAGCAGGAACUUAAGGCUGGCAAAGCUCUCAUUGAAUCCGGAUUCGGAGAAGUCAACAAGGUGCAGAGAGUGGUUAAUACCCGGAAAGAACGCAGAGAGAAUCGAAUCAUGAGCCGGUUUCCAACAGCUUCCUCUUUCUUGAACAAACAGAUGAGGGUUUGUUUUAAUUGCGGUUUGGAAGGUCACUUUUCAAAGUAUCCUCUAUGCCCGGCGAGAAAUAAAACUUGUCGUCGAUGCAAAAAAGUGGGACAUUUUGAAUCCGUCUGCCGUAAACGUCCAGCAGAACAUCCGGUAUCAACUCCAGCGACGAAAGUUCACGUAGUAGAAGAAAUGGAGGAAGAUGUAUCAAAAACGCCGCGCCCAGAAUCGCAGCCGGGGUGUUGUCGAACGGCGGCUGAAAAGAAAGUAUACUACACUUUCUAUACAGGAAGCGACAAAAAUGUAUUCUCUUGCGUAAUUGGUGGAGUGAACGUAGAAGUAUUCAUCGAUUCUGGAUCAGACGUGAAUCUGAUCACAUCGGAAACUUGGGAGAAAUUAAAAGCAGAGCAGGUUGUUAUAACCAAAUGCGAACGCGGAAGCAGCAAAGUUUUUAGAGCAUACGCUUCAAAGGUGCCAAUUAAUAUUUUGGGAUCCUUCCAAGCUUUAAUCCGGAUUGGAGAACGAUCGCUGGGAGCGGAAUUUCUUGUGGUAAAGAACGGUCAGCGAAACCUGCUAGGCGACACUACCUCGAAGCAGCUAGGCAUCCUUAAGAUCGGCCUGGAGGUGAACGAAGUAAAGAAUAAUAUGAACGAAGACGCUCCAUUCUCGAAGAUAACCAACAAAAUGAUUCGUCUUUCGAUGGUUCCAACAGUCACCCCAGUAUUUCAGCCAUUACGGCGUAUCCCAAUGCCUCUGGAGGGAGCCGUCAAUGAAAAGCUUGAUGAGUUGCUCCGGAAAGACAUAAUCGAACCAAAAGAAGGCCCCGCUACCUGGGUAUCGCCGUUGAUGGUUGCUAACAAGGCAAAUGGUUCUAUUCGACUAUGCGUUGAUUUACGCCGAGUAAAUCAAGCGGUUAUUCGUGAACGGCACCCCAUGCCUGUCAUUGAUGAUGUUCUGGCUAAAAUCGGGAAAGGAAAAGUUUGGAGCAUCCUGGACGUUAAAGAUGCAUUUUUUCUGUUGGAAUUAGAAGAAGAAUCGCGUGACAUCGUUACCUUCAUAACACACCGCGGGCUGUAUCGCUUCAAGCGGAUACCGUUCGGGCUUGUAUCCGCUCCCGAGACAUUUCAGCGAACGAUGGACGAGAUCCUGGCUAAUUGCGAAGGCACAUAUUGGUACCUGGACGAUGUCGGGGUAGAAGGAAGUACUGUUGAAGAACAUGAUUGGAGGCUCAACAAGGUAUGUUAUGAUAAAUGA